AUGUUUGAUUGCGAGUCUAGGAACAACGCCGUCUUUGUCAUCCCAGCCUGUGACUUUAGCAGCCGCUGCUGGGAUCGCGACUGCGACUGCAGGGAGCGCAUGCUCCGCAAGUCCAGAUUCGAGAACAUGGCAUCCAGCGUGGAUGUGGCGAGGUGGCUCUGGAGAUCUAAUGCUGCGAAUUUCUUCGCCUGCCUACAGGGGAGGGAGGGGAUCAGGCCGCGAGAGGCGGCCCUCCUACCGACUUUUGCUGGGGAGGCCUGGGCAGACGUGGACUAUUUGGCGACCGGCGGUGCCAUGGCAGGCAGCUUGCUGGAAGCCUUUACGUUUCCGAGAUUCCUCCAGGAGGAGGAUAACAAUGGCGCCUUUGGCCAGAAUGCGGCCGACGGUGGAAAGAUCCCGAGAUACAACGGUGAUCCGACACGCUUUGCCGAAUGGCAGUUCCGUGUCAAGACCCGGCAGAGAAGGGAGAAGUCUCUUUCGGAUGAGAAGAAGAAGGAGAUGGGGCCUCUAGGCCUCCGGCUCAUCGAAGGCCUCUCCGGACACGCUCUGCAAGUGGCACAGCUGUUGGCUAUUGAGGAGUUGGAGAAAGAGCAUGGUGCGGAUUAUUUGAUGGAGCACCUUGCCCUGGAUCUCCGUCCGCGACGUCAACAGCAGGCACGAGAACUAUAUGAAGCAGGAGCACAAAGUGGAGGUGUUCUAUCCCGACAGCCAGCCGAGACGAUGCCGCAGUUUAUUCUGCGGAGAAAGGCCUGGUAUCGGGCGAUGCUGGACCUCAACAGCGAGCUGAAGUUGCCGGAGAUGGUGCUGGCAGAGCAGCUCUUGAUGAACUCGGGAAUCAGUGAUGACCACAAGCUCCUCAUCCGCACCGCCGUCGGUGAGGACAAGAUCACCUUUGACAAGGUGGCUGCCGAGCUCAUCAACCAGCACCCCAAGGCCGGCAUGGGAUCAAGAAGGCCCUUCGACUCGGGCAAAAGCACCUAUGCACCACGACCUGCUUCAUGGACUCCCCUUGGGAGCAAAGGAGGCAAGAAAGGUUUCUACCACAAGCCCUACCCGAGGACAGCCUUUCACGUGGACGUGGACUAUGAGUACGGCACGGACGAGCUCUAUGACGACGACUAUGCCAUCCACGAGCCGGCCGCACAUCUUGGUGUGUACCCGCAGCAGACGGAUGACGGUGCCGACUACCACGACUACCCGGAGCAGGGCAACUAUGCUGAAGAACACCUUGCCUUCCUCAGCGAACAAGGGCUAGACCUGGCUGAUGAUGAUGCCUGCGACUACGCCGCCAACAUUAUCCAGGCUGAGGAGGAGGCCUACCUUGCCAGGCAGAGUGGUGCGCAAAAGGGGCACCGUGCCCUGAAACCACCACCCUUUGAGAUCAGCGGCAGCUUCACCCUGGACCAGAAGAAGGCAAAAUUGAUGGCUUUGAAGGCCCGCACGACAUGCAGGAAGUGCGGGGCUACAGGACACUGGUCGGGGGAUGCUGUUUGCCCUUUCAGCAAGGGCAAGGGCAAGGGGUCAGCCGCGAGAGCCGGGACUACGUCGUCUACCAGCACUUCGCACCACGGACGCUUCGGGAAGGGAGCAGCCCACUCCAAAGGAAACCCCUCCACUGGAAGUGGUGGCACUGGAACGAAGCCCCACACGGUCUACUUUUCCAUAAACGAGACGGCAAAUCCCAAUGGCCCCGCGACCGCCUUCCUCGCCUUCCGAGUUCCAGACCAAGGAGCCCGACACGCUCAAGGAGGAUAUCAUGCUGUUCCUCCUCCUGCUUCGCUACGUGAUGGACAAGCAACAGAGGGACUCACCCUACAGCUAUCCACCCAGGAGAUGACACAGGCAUCCUCUGAUGCCGCUUGGGUGAACAAGCCCCUCGAUGAGGACCAGGACAUGGUCAUGCUGAUUGAAGCACUUGGAGCGGCCGAGCAGCCGAGCACCACUUCUGAGGCUGCCAACCCCUCAGCGACAGCGGCGCCAGAGGCCACACAAGCCGACACUUCGACUACCUCGUCUACCUCGACGCCACCCUUGGCAGCUCCGAGAGCUACGGUGACCAGAGUGUGCCCUCACCGGAACCUGACGGCACACGGAUCGAACCAGUACUACACCAUCAAGAAGUGCAAGGACUGUGGCGUCGUCGUGGAAAAGAUCAGACGAGCUGGGGGAGCAACCCCAAAGGCGAAGGCGACUCCCGGAUGUGCUCACCACCGAGUACAUUGGAGAGGCUCGAAUGGAUUCGUCCGCAUCAAGACUUGCAUGGACUGUGGUUUUCAGGAGCGCUUUGAGGCGGCCAUGACCUACAAGAAGACCUCACGCGAGCAGGAAGCCGAAAGCCCCUCAACUUUCAGUGCGGACGAAGCCCUCCACGUCAUCGACACCUUCUCCAAGGCCAUGAGAACGAGACUUGAAUUACUACCACCAGGAGAGCGUAUUCCUGGAGCACGGCUUCAGGAGGCCCUCAAGCUCACCCUGCGCCAGGCGGAGAUCUGGCAGAAGCCGGCUGAUGGCUACGAGGGACCCAUGGACCUCGGGCGUGCGCGAACGGCAGCCGAGAAGGAGGAGCAAGCUCAGCGCAUGCGGAUUCGUAGCGAGACUGUCGUGACCUUCGGCAAGUACCUGGACCGGACCUAUCUUCAGGCCUUCCAAGAUGAGGAUUACCGCCUAUGGUUUGUGAGCAACAUGGCGGGAGCGAAUCAGCCGCGAACCCACAAGAACCUCAGACAGUUCUUCAUCGACUACAACCUCUACCUUGGGAGAUCCCUCUUGACCCGCGAGGAGACCGAUAGGUUGGUCUUUAUGGUUGAGGUGUUUGCCGAGCAGGAUCUGGUGGCCAUUUUAGAUACAGGAUGCAAUCUCACAUGCCAUGGGGAUGCCUGGUUGGAGCGUUAUCUUCAGGCCACAGACCAGAAGACCCCGGAGUUGGAGGAUGACAACGGCACGAACAUACGCGGAAUUGGUGGCAGAGUGGAGACCAAUGGACAACGAAGGCUUCCGUUGUCACUUGAGCUGCUUGGCGGAGGAGUAGCCCAAGGCGAGCUCACGUCGACCGAGCUCAAGAACAGCACAGCACCUCUUCUACUAUCUCUUCAGGCCCAAAAGGCUCUUGGACUGGUCAUUGACCUCACGGCGGAAGUGGAGCAUUCACAGACCCUUGGCAAGACCCUCAAGCUGGUGAUCCACAAUGGGCUGUUUGGCCUGCGACUACUUCCCCCGGAGGUGGCCGAUGAUGAUGGACGGCCACACAUGGACUACGACCACCCGACAGACAAGGACUCGAAGGACCGGGACCACAUUAACCACGAGAGCGCGGCGGGCGAAGACACGGCCAAGCAAGAGGACCACAGCAACCACCAGAACCACACCAUGAAUCCAGACCACAGCCGGGGGAGGCUUGAGGCGCCAGUAUAUCUGGCCCUGGACACUUUGAGCGGGCGGACUAUGAAUCGCAGCCAGCACCAGAAGGUCGAGAACGGCAUCAAAGAGGUCACCGCGCGUGACCAUCACCUUUGGAAUCAGCUGGCGACCAAGGGAACGAGACGACAUGGACAACAUCUACUACCAAGGGGGUGCCGGACCUUCCUGAUGGAGCUGGUGACAGGAGCGGCCCUUCUCACCCACAUGGCCGCAAUCGACUACGAGCUUCCCGUCUCGGAACCAGUCUACUUGAAGCACAACCACCACGACCUGACCACCGAGGCUGGAAGGGCUGAGAUUGAGAGGCAGAUUGCCAGGGUUCUUCAAGGCUCACCGUGGGAAGAAGUCAUUCGCGUUCGCCAGAAGUGGACCCCGGUGAUCAAGUGGAUUUUUCGAGUUGGCAGAGAAAGAAUUGAGAAGGGACGUCAGUUCUUCUUUGAGCACCCAUGGAACAGUGAUCUAUGGAAGCUGGCUCAGGUCAUGAAGGAGACCAACAACCCCGCUGUCGACGGGGGAACCUUGGAACACCUUGAGGUGCUCAAGGGCGAGUCCGACAACAUGAACAACCAGGAGACAGCGUAUGCCACCGCCACCCUGCAGGUGAAGAACAAACUUUGGCAAUGCCACGACAAAGGAGAAUAUCCUGAAGGACCUCCCCAGGAUAGGUUCCCGAUCGUGUGCCAGGCUGUGGCUGUGCUGGAGGGACUGCUUGAGUCCCUGGACGAUCUCCAUACCAGGACCGCUUUUCCAGCUGAAGCUGAACAUGAAGAUGAUUAUGGUGAUGCCGAAGAGAUGCCCCUGCUGGAUGGAAUCCUUGGUCCAGAGGACUUUGUAACCGCAGAUGAUCCUUUGGUUACCUACAAGGAACGCAAGGACCAUGAGGAAAACGAUGUGAUGGCCGAGGAGGGACCAGGACGAGGGCAAGCUGGAGAAGAAGCUCUUCCGUUGCAAGCGAAGCGUGCAGCAUGGAAGGAGCUCGGUUACGGACAGCGCGUGGCUUUGCGGAGGCUGCACAACAUGACCGGGCACGCCUCACCAGCCUCGAUGCAGCGCCUUCUUCGGACGGCCGGAGCAGACCCCAAGGUGAUCCGCGCGCUCGACCACUUCACCUGCCCUUCGUGCGAGUCCGUUGUGAAACCACGGAAACCGGCACCAACGAAGAUGCCCUCCGAGUACUCCUUCAACCAGGAGAUCUCCCUCGACAUCUUCAUUAUCAAGGACACGAGAGGACUGCGACACAAGAUCAUGUCUAUGGUGGACCUCGGCACACUUUUCCAUGUAUCGGCUCAUGUUGGAACCGGAGCCGGGCCCCCAAGCAGUGCUCUAUGUGCUCGUGUUCUACAAGAACGUUGGUUUGCCUGGGCAGGAAGCCCGAAGACUGUCACCAUGGACAGAGGAUGUGAGAACCGUGGACGCCUGCAAGCGAUGUUGAAGGCGUUCGGGGUGGAGAUCAGGUACGUCGGCCUGGAAUCUCCCUUCCAACUUGGAAGAGGAGAACGGCAGGGCUCUAUCUUGAAGGACAUCAUGCGCCACACCAUUGCCGAACGACAACUUCAUGGUGUGGAGUCGAUCGAGAUGCUGGUGAUCGAAGCCACCUCGGUGAAGAACAACAGGAUUCACCACGGCGGUUUCACGCCGUCUCAAUGGGUCCUUGGGCGGCUACCUCUUGAAAGCGACGCCCUCACAAACUUGGGAGCAGAUGGACACCUUGGAGUCCAUCAGGAGAUUGAUUAUGGCUCGAGCACGUUUGCGAAGCAGCUUCAGAUUCGCAAUGCUGCCAGGCAAGCUUUUGCUCAGACGGACAGCGCCUCCCGGAUCCGUUCAGCAAUGCUUCGGAAGUCGACGCCAGCCCGAGGCCCCUAUGCUGUUGGAGAUCUGGUAUGUUUCCACCGGAAGGACCGGAAGAACAGCCAGGGCAAGUGGUAUGGACCUGCCCGUGUGAUUGGGCAUGAGGGCAAGAGCACCAUGUGGAUUAUCCACGGAGGAGUUCCCCUCACUGUCUCCAAUGAGAACUGCAGGUACGCCACCGGGAACGAGGCCUUGGCCAAGCGAGUGUUGGAACUGAGGCCCAGCCGGAAGCGAAAACGUGAGGAUGAGGCAGAGAACGAGGACGGCAACCCGUAUGGAUACCCUUUUGGAGAUGAUCUAUCUGGAGGUCUUGGUGCACAACCACAAAGGACCUACUUUGACAUCUCUGGAGAUGGAACGCCUGAGACCACUCCGGCGCCAGCAGCGAACCCGAGCCCGGCAACGACAAUCACCGAGGUCGCAAGCCCUAGUCCUUUCGAACAUCCUCCUGGACCACCACCACCUGGAAUCCCGCUGGACACCGUUCAUGAGAUUCCGGUCCCAGGCGGAAGUGAUGAUGAUGAGCUGGGUGGCUCUUCGCCGAGCUCAGCAAUGGAGCCGGAACAGGAGCUUGUACCACCGAGCCGGCGAGCCAGCGAGGUAGUGGGAAGCACCACCACCGAGCCUAGUCCGGCAGCACGAGCGCCACCUACACCAUCGCCUCUUCAACGCGCUCUUCAUCGAUCAGUUGAUGCUGUCGAUGGGGUCACCUGGGCCCGGAGAGGGAGAUCGAGAUCACCUCCGCCGACAUCCCGCAACCCAGCUGGAGAAGACGUUGAAGAAAACGGCCCCAGGGUAUUCAACGCCUUCCUUGCCCGGCGUGUGUGUAAGAAGAGCCAGGCAGCCCGGUCCAAGGAGUUGAACUAUUCCAAGGCGACCGGCGAGCAGAAGGAAGGGAUGGAGCACGGCGAGCCGAAUGGCGUGUUGGCACCCAAGGAAGCGGCCAAGUUCCUGGCCGAAAACCCGCAGUCCGAGAUCGUGCCCACCAGGUGGGUAGAAACGGACAAAGCGCAACCGUGGGAACCGCCACGCUACAAGGCGAGGAUAGCUGUCCGUGGAGAUCUUGAACGAGAAGGUGGGACCCGGACGGAUUCGCCUACCUGCAGCGGGACCAUGCUCAACGUCCUGCUCUCCUAUGCGGCAAGCAAGAGGCUGAGGCUACACGGAGGAGACAUCACAGCCUCCUUCCUUCAAGGAGAGCAGAUGAGCAGGGUCUUGGUUCUACGCCCUCCCAGGGAGGCUUGCCUGACGUGGAAGAAGGCUCGACUUCGCCCCAUUCCUCACGAACACGCCGCCUAUGUGCUCAACAAUAAGGAUGGGAACAUCUCCGGGAUCCUUGUGUCCCACGUGGACGACCUCCUGUGGUGUGGAGACAAGGAGAUGGACGAGGUGAUGGCUGCCAUCCAGGCCGAGUUCAAGUUCGGGAGCCUGGAACAUGGGGAUAAGUUCGAGUACUGCGGCCGGACCAUCCAACAAGGAGAAGAAGUCGAUGGGAUAAAGAUUACGUGCCCGAACACGGCAGCCAAGGUACGUGGAGUACAUCUCGACGGGCAGCGACGCUACGAGAAGGACAAGGACGCCACCGCGGCCGAGAUCAGCCAACUUCGGAGUGUGGUAGGGUCGCUGAACUGGGUCACGCGAGUGUGCCGGCCCGACAUCGCAUAUGCCGUCCACAAGCUGCAAACCUCAAUGAGCCAAGCCACUGUGAACGACCUGGUGAUGUGCAACAGCGUCCUGAGUUAUGUGAAGAAAACUCCGAACGAGGGGAUCCUGUAUAAGUACGAGGCCCUGGACUUCAACGACAUGGAGAUUCUCUCGGUCGCCGACGCCUCCCACGCUGCGGACUACGAUGUGAACAAGAACGGGAAGCUGAUGGGCCACAGAAGCCAAAGCGGACGGAUGCUCCUCCUCGUUCUGAAGAAGCAGAGCAUCUCCGUGCUAUUUUGUGUGGUAUUCGACUGUCCGACGCUGAAGCAAAAGACCACCGUCUUGUGGCAGAUGAUAUGGAGGAAGAAAGGAGAAGAAGUCGGAGACCCUCUCUAUGAUGAUCGCCCUCCAGAUGAUGGAACCACCAAGGUAUGCUGGAUCGAGACGAAGACAAUGGUGGCCGAUGGACUCACCAAAAGCAUGAAGUGUCAGCAGCUGAAGGAGAUGAUGAUGACGGGAAAACUCGUCGUCGACAUGGACAAGACAAAGUCCAAGAAAGCAGUCAAGUCGGAA